AUGUCCUCUCAAAAUCCUAAUACUUCAGCAAAAGAAGAAAAUUCUUUAAUAAAAUGUGUUGUAAGCCGCGAACAUUUUGAGGAACUAUUAAAAUCCAUUAAAGAUAAAUUUAUUAUAGUAGAAUUUUAUGCUGAAUGGUGUGGUCCUUGUAAAAUAUUGGCCGUAAAAUUUCAAGAACUGGCAGAAAAAUAUCAAAACAAGCUGGAGGUUUUAAAAAUCAAUAUUGAAGAUUUGGAAGAAUUGGCCAUUGAAUAUGAAGUCAAUCAAAUGCCAUCUUAUAUGAUUAUGAGAAAUGGUAUGAAGUUGGAACAAUUCUUUGGUAGUAAACCGGAACAGUUGAAUGCUAUGGUGGAGAAAUAUUUGGAAAAGUCAGUGUGA